GGAACACUCCAACAUCAAAAUGGGAAUGUGGAGAGAUGUCAAGACUGAACCCAAACAACCACCAAGGCUAGGGGGAAAUAGAGCAGCUUUAUUUGCAUAUGUUAUCGCGGGAAUCGAUGUCAUGGCUUUCUUUGCAACUGGUGUGAGCUUGGUGACUUACUUUUAUGGAUUUAUGAACUUCAGCAUAACAGAAUCAGCUACUGCUGUUACAAACUUCAUGGGAACAGCAUUCUUCCUAUCAUUAUUCGGUGCCUUCCUUUCAGACACUUAUUUGUCCAGGUUCAAGACUUGUGUUCUGUUUGGCUGCAUUGAAGUCGUUGGGUAUGCACUUCUAGCAGUGCAAGCACAUUUCAGGCAACUAAGACCGUUUCCUUGUAAAGAUGUACCUUUGAGCCAAAUGAACCAAUGUGAGUCUGCAAAUAAAGGUCAAUUGGCAAUCUUGUACGCGGGACUUUAUCUAGUUGCAAUUGGGACAAGUGGAGUUAAAGCAGCAGCACCGCCUUUAGGAGCUGAUCAGUACGAUGAGAAAGACCCUAAAGAGGCUGCUAAACUAUCAAGCUAUUUCAAUUGGCUUAUGUUCUUUCUCACCACUGGUGCCUUGUUUGGUGUCACGUUUGUCGUGUGGAUAAGUGAGAAUCAAGGAUGGGAUUGGUCUUUUGCUGUCUGCAGUAUUGUAGUAGGCUUUGCAGUUCUGUUUCUAACAUUGGGAAAAUCAUUGUAUAGAAACAAUGUCACAAAAGGAAGCCCCCUUACGCGUAUCAUGCAGGUAUUUGUUGUAGCACUUAGAAACAGAAAUCUUUGUUUGCCAGAGAAUGAACACGAGUUACACGAGAUUCAGGACAAGGAAGCUAGAUAUCAUACUGAGAUUCUUCGAAAAACUGAACAAUUCAAGUUUUUGGAUCGGGCAGCGAUAAACAGGACUGAUCAGGAGGCAUCCACAUCAAAUGCACAUGGACCAUGGAAACUUUGUACUGUCACACAAGUUGAAGAGACGAAAAUUGUAAUCAGAAUGCUUCCAAUUAUAUUAAGUACUGUCUUCAUGAACACAUGUUUGGCUCAGCUCCAAACUUUCACCAUCCAACAAAGCACAACAAUGGAUAGAAAAAUCCACAAGUUUGAAGUUCCAGGGGCUUCAAUUCCUGCAAUUCCCCUGCUUUUUAUGAUCAUCCUAAUCCCUAUCUACGAACGUGUUUUCAUUCCAAUAGCAAGGAAAUUCACAGGGAUUCCAACAGGGAUUCGACAGCUGCAACGUAUAGGUAUUGGCCUAGUACUUUCAUCCGUAUCAAUGGCAGUAGCUGCGAUUGUAGAAAAACACCGGAAAUCAAUUGCAAUUAAGCACAACAUGGUUGAAUCCGCUGCUCCAUUGCCAAUGAGUGUAUUCUGGUUAGGCUACCAAUACGCAAUCUUUGGUCUAGCCGAUAUGUUCACAUUAGUGGGAUUACUUGAUUUCUUCUAUUCAGAGAGCUCAUCAAGCAUGAAAGCACUAAGUACCGCGAUUUCUUGGUCUUCACUGGCAAUUGGAUACUACACAAGCUCAAUAGUAGUGAGUAUAGCGAACAAAGUAAGUGGUGGAUGGUUAGCUAACAACAACUUGAACAAAGACAAGCUUGAUUACUUUUAUUGGUUGCUAGCAGGAUUAAGUGUGCUAAAUUUCGGGUUUUAUUUACUCUGUGCUUCUUGGUAUAAAUACAAGAAGAUAGAUAUGAAUCCAGAAGAUGAAAUGAGCAUAGUUUAG